UGUCAUGGCCGUGAGUCCAUCAGUCUGUUGUAAAAGAGGCGACAACUUCUAAAUUCUUUACCAACUGAGCUUCUCCUUCUAAGACCGUUCAAAAUGCGAUUAGAUUUUUCUUUAUCCGUUCUCCUAUUAGUGACUUAUGUCAUUGCUGACAAGGAGACGCAAACAAACGGCAGUCAAAACUUGUUCAAGUAUUUCACGGGUGACAUGGAAUCACUUCGGCAAAUGAUGACCAUGUCGUUCAUUUUGCCUUCGAGAGAAACAGUGACGGAAACAAAGACCGUAGUAUCGACAGUGUUGCCGCCAUUCACCAUUCCAACUCGGAGAACUAUCUUGGAAUUGUCGACAUCCACAUCGACCAUCACCUGCACGAAAUCUGUUGCAGUUCCAUGUUCCGUUCGCCAGAGGCCAACUCAAGGUCCGUCACGACCAAUGCGACCAGUGACUCUAUCUCCGUCCAUAAUUUCAACAAUGACAGAUAGUGAAGGCGAAAAGGUCCCAGAACAAGAAGGGGUAAAGAAACCAAUUCAAUCGGUGCAAUCUCUGAAACACACAGCCCUCGAAGUGUUUCUUUCAGAAGCCGAAAUUCACGAUCUCCUGGACGAAGCAUACAACGCGAACGAACAACAGUUUCUCGAUGUUUCCCCCUCUGUCGUUCAAGGAGUCGAGCCUACAAACCUACAAGAACUUCCGCUUCGAGAAGCUCGCGUUGCUGAUCCUCAGAUGAUGUUGGUGUACGGCAGCCGACCAGAAGACAUCGAGUCGGCUUUCUUCGACGGCCCUUAUAGUCCCGUUACGAUGCCUUUCAACAGGCGCUAUUUAAAACCUGCUUUGCCAACGAACAGGAGAUACGUGGAACCUGCUGGUGGUCUGCAGCGCCAAUUCUUACAACAAUUUUUUACGGUGACAAGAAGGUCAACUGUCUUCGAACUUGCUAUUUCCACUGUGACUCCGACUUGUUCGGAACCUGGCCGAAUUCAGCAAUGUCCAGUUGAGAAGAAGAAAACGAUUGACAAGAUAAAUGCUGAUGAGCAAUAGAAUGAGAGAGCUCCUUCAUUUUUAGAUUGAGGCAAAAAAGGAAACAUCAUCAGGCGUAUUUUAGCCGACAACGUGCCAUCAUUUCAUCCUGUAACUUAUUGUAAUCCACCAGAAUUGAGAAAUUAAAACGAAAAUAAUUGCACCCUG